UUCGGCGCGCCAAGUGUUCCAUUGAACUGCGUACUGUUUCAAAAUAUUAUCUGUAUCCUAUGCUGUAAAAGUAGAUUUCUUUUAUCUGAUGCCAUUUUCAUCCUGCGUGAGUUGAGGAGGAAGUCACAGGUGUCACAAAACUAAAUGUGCUACGAUGGAAGAUACAGCUCAACUUGUGGCAGUAUGUCCUCCGGGAUCAGAGAAUAUUUAUCAGUAUUUGAAAAGGCAGAUGCCCCUUACAACAGAAGGCAAUGCUACUAUGGUGAUGGAGUUUCCCGAUGUUGAACCGGCUCCACCCCCCUGCGACCAUUCCAAAGGACAGAGCAAGACCCAACAUGCUGUCAUUGAUGCCUUCCGUCAGAAAUGUAGUAUGCUAAAUCGAGAUGAACUUGCUGCAGCUCUCAUGGUUCCAAGUAAAGAGAUGUUUGGUUCGUCACUGCAAGACGUGGUGACAUGUGUAGGGUGUAGAAGAAGUAUGGAGGAAAUGUUCACAAGGUUAAGAGACCAGAAACACAUUCACGUAUUAGAGCCACUGGUUAUCACUCCAAACUCUGAGCUUUCCGUCACGUCCUGUACGCUCUACGACUUCCGCAUGCUGUAUAACAUUCUCUACGUACAAAGAGAUAAACGGAAACAGCUUUUAGAAAGUUUGCAAAAAAACAAGAAGCGACGGUGUCCGCUCCACUCACUAGAUAAUCAUAAAACAAAGCAAAUAUCAGUAUGGAUAGAUGUAUGGGAGGUGAUGAAGAAACCAUGUCGAGAAGAAGUAACCAUGCUAUCACAAAAAGGGCUCUUACAAAUCACAGAGAGUUACCUCCAAAAGCACAGAUUCUGCACAGACUGCAAAGCGAAGGUCAUGACAGCUUUCAACAUUCUAUUUGGCGACAUCAAGCCAUGCUCGGAGAAGGGUUACAAUCCAGCGGUGUACGAGGGACUGAGACUGUGCAGGGAGGAGAAGCAUGUUCACCUGUCCACAGAUACAGACUUUGUUGCUAGGCUGAUCAGCAGGGCUGAACCAGACCUACAUGGAGUACGUCGUGAGCGCCAUGCCAAGACCAUUGACAUCGCCCAGGAGGAGGUGUUGACGUGCCUUGGCCUCUAUCUCUUUGAGAAGCUGCAGAAGAUCUACCAGAAGCUCAAGGCAGAGGAACGAACUUGGGACCUGCUCCUCACCUUCGGCAAGAACAAGCUUCAAAAGGCCUUUGAGAUGGCACUAGAAGCCAAGGAAGGCAUGUCCAAAUUAGAACUGGUGUGUGAAGAAAUCACAGAGGCAGACAGGGCCAAGAGGGAGAAGAAAGAGCAGAAGAAACUCAAGAAGAAAGCCCGCAAGAAAAAUAAAGGAAACAGCUCACCGGAAUCGGAGAAGAAUGCCGGUCAAAGGUCAGAUGUCGUCAUGAAGGAAGUGGAGGUCACCAUCGUCCCUCAGGAAGGGUCACAAGAAAGUGUUUAUGAGUGUGAUCGUCACAGCGACCUCAACGAUAACACAGCGAACUUAGAGUGCAGCACGUGUUCUCUGAGCCAAGGCGAUGCCGUCCAUCAUCUGUCCACCUACCGUACGGACAACGGAGACUAUUCCAGCGGGGUGGAGUGCGGGGAGGAUUGCGGCCAGAGCUCCCGGGAGAGCUCAGAGGUGGCUUGGUCUGAAGGCAUGUGUAAUCAUUGCAAUGAUGAUAUCAUGCAAGGUGAUGAUGAGAUCUGUGAGGACUGUGAGGACUGUGAGGUCAACCAGGGCAAUGGGGACGCCAUGGUCAAGGGAAGGGGCAAGUGCAACGGGGGUCAACCCCUACCAACGACACCUUGUCCACACUCAGAGAUUCAAGAAGACGGGGAGGUAACUCGCAGGUACAGAAAAUAUGUCAGUGCGCUGAUGAAGACCAACUUAGAAGAGCCGUGGGUUGGACGAGCAGGUUACAGGACAUGCUUAUAGAGCCUGAGUCUGUGUUAGCCGAGGAGGAGGAGGUUCACAUCUCCCAGGAGGAGAUCCGAGACUUCCGUGCCAAUCACAAAUCCGUUCACCGGCAGCGCCAGCAGCUCCGGGCCAAACUCCAACAGCGCUUCAACCGACGCUUCCAGGGGCGGGAACUACCCUUGUGUGCUACAGACUAUCGGCUGGGUCAGCUCACUAUCGCUGUCGAUUAAAUCAUCAGAGGUUCAUCAUGUUGGGAUAGAGUUCACUACAAAACAAA